UCGAUGUUUUCAUCUCUAUUUCACAAUCGCGCACCUCGUAAUAAUAACCCAUUUUAUUUGCGGAAAAUAAAAGAAAAUUCCAAACGAGACACGGUGUGCGCGGCGACUUUCGGUUCCAUCUGGAGAAGCACAGUAUUUCCGGUCCAAAAUUGUGACAGUGUGAAGGGCUUUGAGGCGGUGGCCACGCAAUCCGGGCGACCGAUCGUUGGGUAACCUAGCGAGCAGCGUACAAAAAGCGCCGUAGUCAUGGCGUUCCGGCUGUUUGGCACGGCCAAAACGAUGGCCGGGAUGAUGCGGCGCAACUAUACGGCGGGCUCGAUGCCGGGAAAGGGACAGCGCUCUUUCCUAGGAGCCACUGGUGCCGGGGUCUACAUCAUGCCCGCGGAACUCUCGCCCUUGCUGCGAUACAUAGUCAAACAGAUCCAACUGCUGUGCAAAAAGCCGCCAAAGGGCUUCGAAAAGUACUUCGAGGCGGGGGGCAAGUCGUCUGGCCAACCAAAGGGAACCGCCGGCGACAAGAAGCCCCCUUCGGGAUCCGGAAAAUCCGCCUCGGAGAAGCCCAGCACAUCCGCACCCGCCUCGGCCAAGCCCAGCAGAUCCCAGGCUGACUCGAAGUCGGACUGGAACUUCGGCAUGUUCAGCAACAGCACGAGGGGACCGGUCGGAAGGACUGGCAACACGCCGGGCGGAAGGCCUUUGGGCGAGGGAGGUGGCGGCGGCGACCGGGAGCGGUGGAUCCUCCUCGGCGCCAUCGGAGCCGUCCUCCUCGUGGGAUCCUUCGCCUUUUUCGAGAUGGGUUACAAGGAGAUCUCAUGGAAGGAGUUCGUCAACAGCUACCUGAGCAAGGGCGUGGUGGAGAAGCUGGAGGUGGUGAACAAGAAGUGGGUGCGCGUGCGUCUGCAGCAGAACAGCAACAGCGGCGGCGGCGUCUUGUGGUUCAACAUCGGCAGCGUGGACAGCUUCGAGCGGAAUCUGGAGACGGCGCAGACGGAGCAGGGAACGGAGUCCAUCAACUUUGUGCCCGUGAUCUACCGCAACGAAGUGGAGGCUGCCAGUCUGACGGGUCUGCUGCCCACGCUGCUCAUCAUCGGCUUCCUGGUCUACAUGAUGCGCAAGUCGGCGGACAUGAUGGGCGGCCAAGGUCGCAAGGGUGGCGGCCUCUUCGGAGGCGUCAUGCAGUCCACCGCCAAGCUAACCAAUCCCACCGAGAUUGGCGUGGGUUUCAAGGACGUUGCCGGCUGUGAGGAGGCCAAGAUCGAGAUCAUGGAGUUCGUGAACUUCCUGAAGAAUCCGCAGCAGUACAUCGAUCUGGGCGCCAAGAUACCAAAGGGAGCCAUGCUGACCGGUCCACCCGGAACGGGUAAAACGCUUUUAGCCAAAGCUACCGCUGGAGAGGCGAAUGUGCCUUUUAUCACCGUGUCCGGAUCGGAGUUCCUCGAGAUGUUCGUGGGCGUGGGUCCUUCGCGCGUGCGCGACAUGUUCGCGAUGGCCCGCAAACACGCCCCCUGCAUCCUCUUCAUCGACGAGAUCGACGCCGUGGGUCGCAAGCGAGGCGGCAAGACCUUCGGCGGCCAUUCGGAGCAGGAGAACACCCUGAACCAGCUGCUGGUGGAGAUGGAUGGCUUUAAUACGACCACGAAUGUGGUGGUGCUGGCCGCCACCAACCGCGUGGAUAUUCUCGACAAGGCGCUCAUGCGACCGGGUCGCUUCGACCGGCAGAUCUAUGUCCCGGCGCCCGAUAUCAAGGGCAGGGCGAGCAUCUUCAAGGUGCAUCUGGGCAACCUAAAGACGGCGCUGGACAAAAACGACCUGAGCAGGAAGAUGGCGGCGCUUACGCCGGGCUUCACCGGCGCCGACAUCGCCAACGUGUGCAACGAAGCCGCUUUGAUCGCCGCCCGCGACUCCAAGGACUCGAUCGUGCUCAAGCACUUCGAGCAGGCCAUCGAGCGCGUGAUUGCUGGAAUGGAGAAGAAGACGAAUGUCCUGGCGCCGGAGGAGAAGCGAACGGUGGCGCACCACGAGGCUGGGCACGCGGUGGCCGGCUGGUUCCUCGAGCACGCCGAUCCCCUGCUCAAGGUCUCGAUCAUCCCGCGCGGCAAGGGCUUGGGCUACGCCCAGUACCUGCCGAAGGACCACUACCUGCUGUCCAAGGAGCAGCUGUUCGAUCGCAUGUGCAUGACCCUCGGCGGCCGAGUGGCCGAGGAGCUGUUCUUCAACCGGAUCACCACGGGUGCCCAGGACGAUCUGAAGAAGAUCACCGACAUCGCCUACUCGCAGGUGGUGCGCUUCGGCAUGAACGAGAAGGUCGGACAGGUCAGCUUCGAUGUGGGCCAGGCCGGCGAUCCCGUGUUCAGCAAGCCCUACUCCGAGGACACCGCCCAGCUGAUCGACGGCGAGGUGCGCUCGAUCAUCAAGUGCGCCCACGAGGCGACCACCAGUCUGCUGACCAAGCACAAGGCGGACGUGCAGAAGGUGGCUGAGCGCCUGCUGCAGAACGAGGUGCUCAGUCGCGACGACAUGAUCGAGCUGCUGGGCCCGCGUCCCUUCAAGGAGAAGUCCACCUACGAGGAGUUCGUCGAGGGCACCGGCUCCUUCGAGGAGGACACCACCCUGCCCGAGGGCCUCAAGAGCUGGAACAAGGAGAAGGAGCGAGCGGAGCCCCUGGACGCCGGCAGCACGCCCUCCUCGCCGCCCACCAAGCCCGUGACUGCCCAGAGCAGCUAGGCCUUCGCCUUCGAUUGCUCGGUGGAUGGGAAUGGGGAGUGGUGGUUUUGGAGAGGCCCCUCUUUGUUUUCGUUGUAAUCCCCCAUCGCGGACCGGAGAAAAGCCCUGAC